AUGGAUGAUGUGAUGAAGUCGGAAUCGGAUGAGUCCGUAUUUUGUUUCGUGAACAAGAAGAAAGAGGAAACGGAGAUGAAGGAAUCGGGCCAGAAUAAUUUUUGCAUCGAGGAGACGUCGUCGAAAAAACGGAAACGAAAAUACAAAUUGAAGAGGAAAAUGGACGUGAGAAGGAAAUUCGACAAAUUGGACGAUAUCUCCCAAUUUUCAUUCACAUCCUCGUCAAACGAAGACAGCUUCGUCACAUCCUCGCCAAAGAUGAAACCCGCCAUAAAGAGGAAACCCCGCGGGUACUCGUUCAAGGAGGACAAGAAGAAAGUGUCGUUCGCCGAUCAGGACAAGAAAAGGUGCUUGUGGAAAAUGUCUAAGUACGACGAGGAGAUAGAGGAGCUGAUUGCCGAUAAAUCGAGCUCGAUCGAUUCGUUAGAUUCCUACUUCUUCAACAGCGAUGACUCCGAUAAAGACUUUGUGAUCGAUCAAAACAAGAAUGUGCAAGUUUUCGAAACGGAGAGUUCGAAUUAUUUCGAUUGCAUUGUUCACGUUUCGGCUAAGGAGGAAGGUGGUUUGGAGUGUAUCAAUUAUGGAAACAUGUCGGACGAAAUUAUCUCCUCGGGGUUAAACAUGAAGAACGAGGAGGAGGAAGAGUCGGGUAUAAUCCACGACAAAUCCUUGUAUUGCGCGUCGAGUUUUAUGAAGGCUACCUUCGACGACGAGAACGUGUUCGAUCUCGAGGAAUCCGAUGAGCGUUUGGUGAGAAACGCGAGCAGAACCGUUCUCGACGAACUGUUGGAGAUAAAUUACCAAUCGAACGUGAAAAAUUUAGAAAGUGUUUGGAACCACGAGGAAGAAUUGACUCUCGCGAGGCCCAGCGAAUCCAUGUAUUACACGCCCAAUUACGUGUCGUUCAACGAGGACGAGAAAGAGCCAUCCGAGGAAUCGGAGAGAUCCGGGGAAUCCGAGGGAUUCGAGGGAUUCGAGAGAUCCGAGAAAUCGGAGGCGCCCGAUGGAUCCGAUGGAUCCGAGGGAUCCGAGGGAUCCGAUGGAUCCGAUGGAUCCGAGGGAUCGGAGGAAUCGGAGGAAUCGGAGGAAUCGGAGGAAUCGGAGGAAUCGGAGGAAUCGGAGGAAUUCGAGGAGGAAUCGGAUGACGAUUACGUGAUAAAGAAUGCUAGACAGAUCGUCUUCGAUAAAUUAUUGGAAUGGAACGAACCGAUUAACGGAACAAAUUAA